UGGAUUUUUAAGCAACGAAACGGUACGUUUUCGGUUUUAGUUGAAAUUGGCAGACAAAACCCAAAGCAACGUUCCGAUUUGGAAGCGCUCGAAGUUAUAGUCAACCGAACAUAGACAACUAGGCAGAAAGUGUAGCAAAAUAUUUGCCGUGUGAUUUAUUAAAGUAAAAAUAAAAAUUAAAGCAACAACAACAUAUUUAGCGAAGUGCCGGAGAGAGUGUUACUCAUUGCGUUGUAACGAAAGUGUUGUUUUUGUGAAAUUUCGCAAAUUUGCAAUAAAGUGCAAGGUGUGCAAAACCAAGCCAAAUAGUCGAAGCUAGCCCAGAUUCGUCGUUAACAGUAAUAUAUGAAAUUUUCCGGCAGCGUAGACCGCGUUCGAGUAGUUGCAAAGUGUAGUGCAGUUUUUCAUAAAUAACUGUUGUUUUUCGUGCAACAUUGUGCGUAAUAUUGACACUUUUGGCAUUCAAAACAAAAAGUCCAAAACAGUGCGAGCAGUCUAUAAGAAAAGUUAUUUGACUGAACCAACUCUGCAGUUUUUAGUGGAACUCCAACAAAAGCUUCAAAACUACUCGGUGACAGUUACACACUCGACUCAAGGCACUAGAAAAUAGCCCACCCAUCCACCGCUCGCUGGCAAAGCGACACCAGAAAAGGCAAAGCAAAUAAAGCAAAUACAAAUCAAGUGCAAAAUCAAUAGCUGUCAACUAUGGAUGUUGGAAAAUAUUUGGGAUUAUUGGCGCUGAUGCUGCUCUCGCUGUUGGCGCUCUACAGCAGCCCGGUGAAGGCGUGCAGCUGCAUGCCCAGCCAUCCGCAGACACACUUCUGCAAUGCUGAUUAUGUUGUCAUAAUACGCGUAAUGCGCAAGUCCCUCCGUUUAGUGCAAGACAACGUCGCAUACAAAGUGGAAGUCAAGAAGUCAUAUAAGAUGAACGAAGCCGGUCACAAGCUGCUCAAACACGGUCGUAUAGUAACACCCAACUCUGAUGCUAUGUGUGGCAUCAACCUGGAUAUAGGCAAGCUCUACGUGAUUGCCGGUCGUGGUCCGUAUUUAAACAGUUGCAGCUAUGUUAAGGAGUAUCUGAAAAUGUCGGUGGUUGAGAGACGUGGGUUUGCCGGCGCAUAUCGCAAGGGUUGUAAAUGCUCGGUGCAACCCUGUUUCGGCCAAAGCUGUUUAAGUGAACACCAAUCGGCAACCUCGUGCAAAUGGUCGCCCUUCGCUAAGUGUGAGACCGAUUAUAGCGCCUGUAUUCCCUCACACUACCGCACUCCCGAAGGCAUCAUCUCCAAGUGCCACUGGCGAAGAACGCCGGCAUACAAGAAAUGCAUGUCCGAUCCAUAAAUCGCACAUCACAUAUAUACUAGUUAUGUAUGUAUAUAAAAAACGAGGCAGUAAAAUAAUUGAGCGAAAUCAGCAAGAAAUAGUUUUACACGAAAAUUUGCUGCUUAUUCUUGGUAGUUUAGCUGUAUUUUACGAAAUAAUACUUAUUUAAUUUUAACAUGUUACAUAUAUACAUACAUGUACACACUGAAAUUCAUAUGUAUGUAUUGGUUGUAGUUGUACACGCGCAGCAUUUCCAUUUUGAUAUUUACAAACACAUUUAAUUAGUUUUCGUAAUUUCAUUUAAUUAUUAAACAUUAUUAUUAAUUACCUUUAAUUUUUUUUUAAUUUAUUAUUAAUUUUGUGAGAUUAUCAAUAAUUUUUAUUAUUUAUUUUUUUUUUUAUUUAAUUUAAUUUAGAAAAAAUUAUUUUUUUUUAAUUUUUUAAGAUUAGCUUUUAAUUUAUUGAAAUGAUUUAUUAUUAAUUUCAGUUAAUUUUUUUUAAUUUUUUUAUUUAAUUUAAUUUAGAAAAAAAAAUUUUUUUUUUCAUUUUUUAAAAUUAGCCUUUAAUUUCUUGAAAUGAUGUUGUAACAUAAAAAAUUUUAAUUUUUUAUUAUUAGUUUUUCCGGUUUUCCAUUUUUUAAUUUUUUUUAUACAUUUUUAAUUAUUUUUUUUUACAAAUUAGGCUCACUUACUUAGAUUGCCUUUUAAAUUUCGGGAUUAUGCAAGCCAAGUGUUGCAACCUGACAACUUAUAACUUUAACGUAAAGCUUGACAUAUUUGCUGUUAUACAAACUCAAAACGUUUUGACACCACUAUUUCUGUAGCUGACAGUAACUUAAAAUAUUCUUCCCUACCAAAAAAUAAAAUUAAGUCGGGAACAUUUCUUACAAUUUUCAAUGUAGAUUGAUUUAUCAAGAUUUGACGAUGAAGCUUCAAAAAGGGCCAGCUAUAUAUAUGCUAUAGUGAAUUCAAUCGAGUUCGUAGAUCACGAAAAUACGGAUUUCGUGAUGGUCUUCCAAAAUCAGUUGUUGUUCCGGAAACUAUUCAUGCUAAUAAUUGCUAAUAUUGCCAGAUCGUCAUGUGACUUAUCGUGAAACAGAGGUAUUCGAUGGGCAUUUAACUGAAAAAAAAACAA